AUGACUUACAAUAGAAGAACGCCUUUGCAUGUCGAGACUGGUAAGCAGGGUGUACGGUCGCUAUCGUUUGAGGCAUCUUCGCCUUAUGCCCGGACCUCAUCCCACCGUGAAUGGAGGAACUCGCCAUUAGCUCCACAGCCGUUUCAAUACCGUAGUGAUGCUCAGUGUUCGCCGUCACUUCAGCAGUACAUGCCACCGCCACCAAUUGUUGGCCGUUCUACAAGGGCAAGUGCAUGUGACUAUGACACUGCAGCCGCACAAGGGUGCAGCCCCGGGCUGAACCUCAACAAUGCCAUACCCAGCUCACCGUCCCCCCUCGCAGAGGCACGCUAUGCCGGCUUGGGCGAGACCUGCAGACCUUCAUCCGCCAUUGAAUCUCGUCCUGCAAGAGGGUUUACCUCACCCACAGCGCACACACCGAUACAGCGCGCAGCCUCAACAGUGAUGGCACCACCACGGCAGAGGGUGACAUAUUACGAUGGCUGUGGUGCCAUUGUUGAGGAGAGGGACCCAGUGAAGAGGGAUGUAGUUACCCGCUAUCGUUGUGGGGCACUCCUUGGUACGGGUGGAUUUGCGCAAGUGUUUGAUUUUAAGGAUAUGGCCACUGGAAUCCGGUACGCGGGAAAAGUGAUUGAUAAAAAAACGUUAUCACGCCGAGGGUCUGAGGCAAAGUUCCGCAUGGAAGUAGACAUUCACAGCCGAGUCAGACAUCCUAACAUCAUUCAAUUUGUUAAGGCCUUUCAAGAUGAUUACUACCAUUACAUUAUACUUGAGCAAUGCUCCAGAAAAAGCUUAAUGGAAUUGUCGAAAGAGCACGGCGUUUUUACCUGCGAGGAGAUGCAGUAUAUAAUGUUUCAAAUUGUGUCGGCCGUAGAGUAUAUGCACAGCAACUUGAUUAUUCACAGGGACCUAAAGCUUGGAAACGUAAUGAUUGAUUCCUCUGGGAAUAUGAAAGUUGGAGACUUUGGAUUCGCCAGUGAGCUUAUUUCUCCAUCCGAUAGAAAAACAACAACAUGUGGAACUCCAAACUACAUUGCACCCGAAGUGCUUGCCGCCGAGAAAACGGGGUUGGGCUACGGAUUAGAGGCAGACAUAUGGAGUUUAGGUGUUAUUCUGUAUGCAUUGGCGUUUGGUACCCCACCUUUUGAAACUAAGGAUAUCGCCACCACGUACAGUAAGAUUCGACGGGUGGAUUAUUCGUUCCCAUCAAACACAGUUGUACCGGAGUCGUGCAAGGAUUUGAUUCGUUGGAUGCUACAAAAGGAUCCUCAACGGCGACCUUCCCCAUCGAAGGUUUUACGUCACGGUUUUCUUUGCUUGUCACAACUACCUCGCACAGCUCCAAAGGCACUUGUCCCACCUGAAACACCUUCGUCAACCACAUCCCCCAAGGAACGUCACAGUCCACUCUGGGCUUCACCGAUUGCAAUUCAAUCUCCAUUUGCGUACUGUGAGAAGACACCCACUGACUAUCAAAAAGGACUCCCACGGAAACAAGAAUACGUCAAAGAAACGGACCACGAGUUGCGAAUGACACUCCAUGAGUUCCUGAAAGAAAAUGAUUGUGCUAGCGAAACAGCAUCUGACGUACUGCACUCAGACUCGAAUGGUAGGUUUACGCAGCCAAGACCCCCUCGACCAUCAGUCAUUCUUCAAAGCAGCAUAUAUUGCAAUAAAUACGGCUACGGGUUUCUUUCUUUCCAGGAUGGAAAACAGUAUCCAACCGUGUUUUUGAACGAUAAAACAAAGCUGGUCUAUGAUGUGUCGUCAGACACAGUUUUUUAUUACGGACGCUCUCGUAUGCAGGCCACUCCUCCAGAUUCUGGAAUCCGAAGUCCACUUCUUAGUGAGGAACUUGCUGCGAAGGGUUUUCGAGAUGAGUUAGCUGUGUUUCGCAACGCUUCAACUAGCUUGGUACAUCGAAAUGAGGGGAAUGAUCCAGGGAGUCGUAUUGAGGCUGCAGCGGCCAAAAAAAUGGCCAUAACAAAGUUCUUUCUUCCGUUUCUCCGGCGAGGAACAAAGGACAAACGAAUGGUGGCUAUGACUUGUGCUGUAAAGGAGUGGCAUUCUGUAUGGGAAAGAGAUCUGUUUGCACCCUGUAGAACAACUGAAACGCGAGAUGAUAUUGUGUACGUAAAGGAUGCAGUAAUGGACUCAUUGUACGAAUUGACAGGUGAACAUCAGGAUGCGGAUAUACAGCUUCUUGUCGCACGAAUGUCUGAUUAUUCUUUUCAGGUUUCCGUGCGUUGUAAUGGGUCACCACAACCGUUGUUUUGUCCUAGAUAUAGUGGUCUUGAGGCUUCUGAGACUAAUUUCCCCUGGGGACUCGAUAUUCUCAUUUACUCGGGAUUCCGCGCAGUCAUGGUAUUGGAGACGAAGCAGUCUCUAUUCGCCCUCUCAUUUUGGGAUAUCAGGCGUGAUGCCAAGACAGUCAGGGAUGGGCGGGUAUACUUUGCUGCAGGAACCACCACACAAACAAGGUCAGUUACAAUGCCUUCUGCCCUGCUACGCGUUGUAGCCACUCUGCUUCGAAAGGUCCGUUGCUGCACAGAUGUUGUGGACUGCUUCUGUUGA